AUGAUUCUGGUAACCAGAGGCGAGUUGGGCUCUGAUUUGGUACGUGCUGAGGAUCAGCUCUGAUUUGAUAUCAGGCAGUACUGUACUGUACACCAGAGGCGAAGUAUGGCAAUCACCGUCACCGGGAAAUACAGUAUAGCGCCUGUGCUUGUGCUUGCUGUCAGAGUUGAGCAGGCAGUAGUGAGCGAAGCGAAGCGACAUGAAAUCAUCAUCAUCAGAUCACCGUUGGGAUUUGCCAGCCUCAAUAAGAAUUAA